AUGGGGCUUUUAUUAGUCCGCAGUGAAGUCUAUGCAUCAACAGGGGCAUUGAAGAGCAUGCCCAUGAUUAGGCCUCAUCUUUUGAGAGCGGACGAGCAAACCAUUGGUCCAGAUAUCCCGAUUUCCAACUUCACUGCGAAUGGUAGUGGGUCGUACGAGCAUGAAAAUAAUAGUGGUAAUAAAGAACAUGCUUUCAUGGAGACAAAACACCAGCGAGAAAGGCUAGUGGGGAUUUUGGAACACGAUCAAAUCAUGGCCUAUACUCAAAACCUUCAACACGCAUUCAAGAGAUCGAGCAAAUUUACGCAUUCCGUGCUUUUCUUAAAGCAGCUCUUCUCAAAAAAUCCCUUCCUUAAAUACUUUGCUCUCCGCUACAGCCAAAGAAUAAAGAUUGUUGACCACCUUGAAAAGUCUGCUACGAGGUGGAACCUGCUACGAAAAGACAAGGCGAUGGCUGCAGAGGAAGCUAUGGCGACAAUUGCAUUAGGGCACGUUUACAGCAUGGGGCGGUCCCUGAAGAAUCGUGGGGAAUACAACCAACAAAAACAGGAUCUACUGCAGGAACUUCGUGCGGUAAACGCUGGUGGUCACGCCUUGGACCUAAUUCUGGGAAACAGAAGCAAGCCAAUUUUUACAUGGACAAGCUCUCUGUGGAAGAAUCCUUUGGCAACGCUUUCUAAUGUUGUAAAAGGCGCGCUCAACGAAUCCUUUGAAGGUGUUUUUGGCAUUCCACAAAGAGAGGUCAAAAAUGCCUGCUUCUCAUUUGGAUACCGCUUCAAUAGCAUUGCUCCGUACACGAGCAUUCUUCCAGGUGGUAUUUUCGGAUCCGUGCUAAAAAGCCUCGCCCGUUCUUUCAUGCUCGUCUACUACCCAGUUUAUUCAAGCUUCAAAGGCAUCUUUGCGCUUAUGAUUAGUGUCAUCUGUAAAACUGGUGUACUCGCGGCCACAAAAAAGCUGUUCGGGACCAUAGCGAACGUUACACGUUUGGGUCUACGUGGACUGCACAUAUUAUUUCGGCGGUUUGCUCUACGUGGCGACCCAGUCGCAUGGCCAAUCAUGCAAGAUCUGCUUCGAAAUACCGCUCCCGCAAUGAUUACUCUCCUAUUCCAGCUUUAUGCAAUCAACAUCGAAGAUAUCACAAAAAGAGGCAAGCGAGUUUCGCACGCCCUGAGUGCUGGAAAUGCGUCAUGGAACUACGCAGAUGGUCUCUGGAUAGGAGCUUUCGACUUUGGCCGUGCUUUCAUCAACGUCAUCCAGACUUAUCUGCGUCGUGCAGAAUCGUUCGUGGAUUACUGUAGCAAUAAGAAUGCAGAAUCUCAAAAAUUUGCGGAGACGGCGUCGAUGACAGACACACAGACAAUAAGCGCCGAAAGCUUGGAAGAGCCCGAGGCGUCUGGCCAGUUCGCGGAGCCACUGGUCGACGAAGAUCUACUGAAGGCCUUCGAAGCCAUAGUUAGUCCAAGCUCCAUGACAAGCUCGAGGGACGAAGUAGAAAGAAGCAACGUGCGCGAUAUAGACGUGUCAAAGCGAGUGAAUGUAGCCGUAAGCUCACACAAUCUAAAGAACUGCGGUGAAAGUCAUAGACUAAAUACCGUACAGCUCGACACGUGGGUAUGCCUGAGUGCUUCGUGCUAUAACUCUUUCCACUUUUUUGUACAGUGUCAAAAAUACAAGAAGUUUGUUUCUUCAUUCUCGCGAAACCGCCUAAGCCACGUGGAACGGUUUGUGAUCCAAACAAUCAAAGUUCUCAAGUAUGAUUACAAGUUCUUCCAGCGCUAUAUUGGGGAAAUGAUGUCCAUUUUCUACGAGAUGGCGUAUGGCCUGCUAAAUGCGGAUGUAGCCAACGUGUUGAGCGAUAAAAUGUCCUUAGACACUAUGCGAGAACGCAUUCAUACGGCCUUGGCUAAAUUUCAAGUAUACAGGGAAGUCAGUUCCGAAAUACAAAGCAGCUCGCUCCCACGGACACUAUUUAGAGAGCCGUGGUUCACCCGCUCGGCUAGAGAUUUGGCACAUGGCUUCUUUGAGAAGGAUAGCAAAACAUCCACUGCCGCUCGUGAUAGGGCUGCCUUUAAGCUCCUUACCGCAGGAGCCAACAACCUGCACAAGUCUGUUAAUUCUCUCUUCCGAGAGUUCCUGACAGCUCGUCUCAUGAUCGCUCGCUUGGAAGGCCACAGCUCAGUGAAGACAAUACAAGACUUUAUCGCAUUGUGCAACCCACAACUAGGAAUUCCAGAUAUAAACCUGUGUGGAAAGGUAGUAACAUCUGAGGUUGAUCCAGCUGCCUUCGUGAAAGAAGCACUGUUUGCUUUGCACGCACCUAUGACGACCUCUGCUGAUGAUAUAGCAUUCCACAACGACUCUAAGCUUGGCAAUGUAUUCACGAGUUGGAGCGGUACAGGACUUUCCGAGCAAAACCGCGCUGUGGCUGAGGGGGCCAGUGACAGAGCUGCAAUGGAAAACUUUAUUCUGCAUCUUCGUGAAGCCGUCCAAAGUCGACUGACAUUCUCACGCUUCGAGUUUGCCGACAAUUUCACGCGCCUGGUGCUGCAUGACACCAACGGACGGAGCGUUAAUUUUAUUCCUGAUAAUGAAGACGAUGUAAAGGCUCUCGCAGGUCAGAAGACAACUCCACAGAGAAGCUCCCGACCGUCGCCACUAGAUACGAAUUGUUGGUUCAGCGUUACAGAAGCCAAUAAGGGAACCUUGAAGUUUGUAACAAUGGAUGCUAAAGAAUUAGAAACCUCUAUAGAGGGGCUUGCAGUGCCAGCCGAAGGGAUUCCAACAUAUGAGAUCCCCGGGCAGGUUAUGUACCGUGAUCGGCGAGAAGAGCUUAGAUCGAUUAUCAAUGAACCGUCGGCAGUGCGCGAUGUAAUAGUUGCGAAAUUCGUCGAUCAAAGCGGAAGAGCAGCAGCUGAAAUGAUGGCAAAUCUUCUCUACAUUCUCCAUUCCAGGACACCCUCCUUCUCAAGCCAUAGCCCUUCGGUUUUCUUGCAAAACAUUAUGCCAAAGAUGUUCUUCGAUUCCUUCCAAGCUCUGAGUGUUGCGUCGAAAAGCCGGAAAUCUGCAAGCGUGGUGCUGGAGGGCCGCCUCUACAGCUUUGCCUUGUCGUUUGACAAUUUAAAGAGUAUCUUUUUGGGAGCUGUGAACAGACUUAUUCUCCGCAUGCACAGUCUUGACUCGAGAGACAUGGUGUCAGUCUUCAUGAUGACGGUCGCAGUGAUGGCCUACCAGAGAGUACAAAAGCAUCGCACUGGAAAGACACUAGUCAUGAAUAUGUUUUUAAGAGAUGUUCUGCAUCUACAGCGGGCUAAUCAACUUGGUCGGCUGCUUGAGGAAGCACCCCACUGCGCGUGGUUGGAGAAGCAGGAGGGGCUGCCUCAGGAAGAGUUUGUCAUCAAAUGUGCAGCGCUUCGGUUCCUCAAAAUUGGCAGCCUGAAGAUAGAGGACGCUGAAGUUGUGAAUGUCCGCAACUACCUUGCGGAAUUCUUCAAUAUUCUCAAUGGACUGCGUGGGAAAACACGCUGGAUGGAUUUCCUAAAUAUUCGCACUUUUUCUGCAGAAGCUGACUUGUAUGCUGAGACAGCUGCUCAAUAUUCUUAUGAAAAGCUAGAGGGGCAGCUAAGAGAUGAAGAAACGCAUGAGCAGAUAGGAGGUGUGUUAGGCUCCACAAAUUCGAAUCUUCAUAUGGCACUCGGUGGGGCUAGGAAGUAUCUCCAUGACAAGCGGGACACUUUGACAGCUCUGCGGAGCUAUGCUGAGAACAUCAAGAAACUGCCUCCCAGCUUGCGCAAAUCACUGGAGGAUUUCUUCAGCAGUUGUUAUGGCAAGCUCAGAAGAUUCCUCGGCGCGAAGCAAUUUACAUGGUUUAAAUCAAUCCGUCCACAUGUGCUGCAUGCCAGCUCUUUUUUUGCGGCAGUAGCAGGAGCAGAGGGACUUGUCUUUCCGAAUCCAGCUGUUUUGCGUGGGAAUUUUAUUAGCGCAAGUGAUUUAACAGAAUACGGGCAACUACAGCUUGCAUUUGAAGAACUGGCGCUGAUACUUUCCGACGCUCGUUCAAUGCAGAAUGUUAUAAGCGAGCUCAGGUCAAUUCCUGUCCAAACCGUCGAAGCAAAAGAGGAGUAUGAUAAACUCAAGGCCAGGGUUGAUGAACUGCCACCAGAGACUGUAGAGACAGCUACAGGGUGGUCCUUACGUUACAUGAAUGACGGGAAAGGAGGCUUGGAGAUUGCCAUUGGACUACUGGCUCUAAAGAGUGGUAAUGAGGGACAACUCAACAAAGCGCUACAUUUGUCGCUGGCGAAUGUCGAGGUACUCCGAUUCUUGAACAGUGCACUCGAUGUUGCGCAAGUACUUGAGUAUCUACCCAGUGCCACGCCUGAGGAGCUGCAAAAGCUGAGACUAUCGCUAGGUGAAUUUAAAGCAACUGUUCACGCGGAACCGCAGACCACAGCUUUGAAUACGAAAGCACAGUAUUCCGUCAGGCAGGGCGUGGACAAUUUGGUUAGCUUCUUCUCUUCAUUCAUGCUGUGUGUGCAGAGCAACGAAGAAACAUUAUCCACACAUUGUAGAAACCUACUGAAGCCACCACAUAUAUUAGCAGAUGAGUCACUAUGUUCUAAGACUGUGGACGACUGGGUCAUUUUGUGCUUCAUCUUGAUUAAACUUGAAAAAAGAGGGCCAAUACCGGAAGAAAUAGCCCCAAUGGAGCUUGUGAAAGCGGCAUUCGUAGACGGAAAAUCAGUAGAAUCGCACCUUCAUGACCUUGUCAAUUCUGGGCUGCCAAGCGAUUUCCGCCUCCAAGUCGCCAAUAGCAUAAAUCCCUUCCUACGCGGCCUAUUGAUUUUCUUCAUGGGCCACCAACUCGGGGACGUCGGAGCUGCACAACUUCUAUCCGUAGACUUGCCUACGGGCGUCAUCAGCUUUAGCUUCACCCAUGUGUACGAAUUCACAAGUGCCGAGCCAGAACAUGGUGGCACACCUGCCUAUGUCUUUAGAAAGCUUGCCCGCAUCGCGUUUGGAGCGGAGUCUCUAGAAGAGUCAAAGCCCAUCAAGAUCGCCAACACAAGCAUUUCAUAUCCCCAAUCUCUCGACGACUGGUAUGCGUUCGUCGAUCUCGAGAAGCUUGAAGCGCUCACAUCUCAAAAGAUUAAGGCAGAUGCGUUGGCCGAAAUCAGCGCAUGGAGCCGCUUUAUGGAUCUAGUAGACUUCUUCUUCGCCAUGCGUCAGUCGUCUUUGAUCGCUCCGCAAACGAUGGUGGCAAGUGCCAGUGACGCCUUGCUCAAGGAUGAUAGUAUUACUUUUCUGGAAAGAGUUGGGAUGAUUGUAUUUAUCUCCGAUUUCCACAAGCUUGCCGAGACGGCAAAGAUUGAUUGUCUCCAAGACGCUAUGAAAAACAUUGUAACAUACGUCCCUCUUCAGAUACGAGAGAAGCACUUGUACAAAUAUGAUUGUUUUGAAACUAAGCUUUCCGAAGAUAUGGCAGCCUCAAAUGCAGCAAAGACAGCAACGGACGAGUUUGUUGCCCGCGCAAUUGAAGCAAUUGAAGCCGCUUACAUCGUGAAAGCCAAAGAACUAUUCAAUAAGGUUAUGUCAAAGCCCGAUCAGUCCGAACUCGCCAUCAAGAGGGCAAUGCAGUUUUCGCAGCAUGUUCCUGUUUCGGAAUUUGGGGGCAAGGUGGCCAAGGAGAUCGUGGAAAUUGUUUUCCGCCACGGCACUUGGGAUAAUUUACUCGCUGGGCUGCAGCGGCUAAGGGACAUUGAGUGGCAGUUCCACACGCCUCUGCGCAAAAGAGUGAUAAACGAGAAGACCCGGCCGAAGUUCUUCAAUCCCAUUAUCCUUGCAACGGAUUGUCUCUCCUUCAUGUUAGCUGGACGUUACACCAGGCUGAGACUUCCCAAGCCAUUGCUGCUCAAGCGUGGAGCAGCAUGGGCCAAGUUAAUCGUGCGUAGGCUGCUGCCCUCGUGUCUCUGGCUCUCAGACGUGCCUCUGGCGACGUCUCUUCGGAGUGACGUGUUGGGGUGGGGGGCUGUUGGGUAG